CUGAUUCUUCACCGCAUAAUCCAAAGCCGCAGCUGAGGCCCCGAACACGGCUUCGCCGCCGCCACAACAAUUCCAUCGCAACUCCUCCGGUCUCUCAUUCCCUUGCUGUGCUGCAUCUCGCUUAAAUUUCAUUACCGCCCGGAUCCGCAUAUUACUCUGCUGCUGCCAAAACCGAACCAUCCUCGGCGGUAUUCUGGCGUGUCAGGUGUGGCAUAGUCGUGUACGAAGUUGUCUCCCCGUCCGACGCCCUCUCUGCCUUCUGUCUUGCCAAAUCAAGCAAUACUACCUGACAUCGAUUAGCACUGGUACUACCGCCUAAUAAGAGGGCAACGGCGCCCGUAGCAGCAAGCGCAAGAGUACGGCGCCGAAUAGUGAGAGGUAGCGGCGACGCUCCUUGUGGCAGCAAGCGACGCCGCCCCCCUCCCAUUUGCUGCCACUAAGCCGCGGCCGCCCGGAGGUUCACCUCGCCGACUUCCUUCACAAGUUCACCCUCUGGUACUACAUCUAAAGAGAAGGUAUCAGUUUAUUUGCAUCCACCCCCAUCCGUCAGAUAAAUCAUUGCAGAUAUGUCGUCAUUCUUCUUCCGUCGGAAGAUUUGCAGUAGGCGGCGGCGCCGCUGCCCGAGUGUUUUCAAGAGGAAGCAGAAGGCCAAGGUCCAGAUUGACCACCUACCUCAGGAAUUAGUGGCGAUGGUGGUCUCAUUUUUGCCAAUGAAGGAUGCCGCAAGAACUAGUGUACUGUCGAGUAAAUGGAGACAAGGAUGGGCAAGCUACCCCAGGUUAACACUAAACUCCGAAACAAUGCUUGGCAUCACUGGGAAGGUUAACUAUGUUAGCGAGGAGGAACAAAACAAAUACAAGAUGAAAUUUAUCGAGAAUGUUCAUGUUGUCAUGCGACAACACCAGGGUUUUGGAGUGGAUGAGUUUCUGUUGGAGUUCGGACUCAGUGACAGGGAUGCACAUCAUAUUGAUAACUGGGUUACCCUUGCUGCCUCCAUGAGAAUGAAACGGCUUGUCAUCAAUUUGAGUGGGCCGUCACUGGAAUGCAAGAUUGUCCCAGAGAAAUAUGCCUUGCCUUUGCAGCUCCUAGAUGACAUCGGCACAAUAAAGCGUCUCCGCAAUCUUCAACUAAGUAAUCUCUCUUUGAAGCCGAUGGGUGAUUUCAGAGGGUUUGUGAACCUUACAAUGCUUGAGCUGCAACUUGUGGAUGUUACGGAGGUUGAUCUCGAAUCAUUGCUUUGCAAAUGCCCUGCUCUUGAGCGAUUAGCACUUAACACAUGCGGACCUUUCAUGUCCUUGCGGAUUGGCCAUGAACUAAGCAGGCUAGAGCAUUUGUGUCUUGGCGAUGGUACCCUGGUGGAGAAAUUACAGAUUGAGGCCAUGAACCUGAGGACAAUUUCGCACAGUUACAAUGUCGGAGAAAUAGUCAUUAGAAAAGAUUCUCAAAUCAGCGAGGUCACAGCUGACAUGUAUAUCCCACCAAGGACCCAAGUAGGCAAUGGUUAUAAAGACACACUGCAAUACAUGUUCACCGGCCUUCCCAGUACCUUGCCCUGUGUACAGAAGGUCUCCUUGAAUAUCUGGGAGGACAUACAGACAUUGGAGGUACCAAAUUGUGCGAGCAGAUUCAUGCACCUGAGGCAUCUGACCUUGAGCAUGUACCUCGAUUUCCAUUGGAAAUUUGAUAUCCUCCGUCUUAUUCAUUUGCUACAAGCUGCACCAUUUCUCGAACAUUUUGAGCUAAAUAUCGAUCAACUUUUGUUGCCUCUGUAUGACGAAGAUUUGAUACCAUCCUUUCCUAGAUGGCCACAUGAUCACCUCAAGACUGCUUCAUUCCAAGGGUUUGUAGCCAACAAGGACUUGAUCGCGCUGGCCACAUAUAUUCUGAAGAAUGCUGAAUCACUCCAGCUCAUGAGCGUACAAACAACACAUGAAUGCCACUGGAUGGUCACAGAAGAGCUUCUUCGCAGAGAGGACCUGCGCAAUGUGCUGAAUUAUACACUAUAUAAUUUUCAUUCAGUUUAGCGAUUCCAUAGUAGUUUGGGUACUGUAGAUGCCUUAAUUUCCUCUCCAGCGCUCCAGUCAUUAGGCAACGCGUGCCCCUUUUUUGAGGGGCCA